GACGAAAGUCUCCUCGUGAUGACAGCUAGUGUCGUCAGGCGAGAGGUUUGAGGUUUGAAGCUAGCAAGAAAGGGGUGGCUGGCUAACGUUAGCUAGCACUGAGGUUUGCUUUCUCCAUCAAUUCGUUGAGGACACGACACGGACAGUUAAAAAACCCACUGCAACACAGCGGCCAUACCAACACUUUUCGGGAAAACCGAAAGGCCUUUUAUUCGUGCUCGCUCGUGUCAGGCUGAGCUGGCUGCAUGAUGGUGAAGCCGGACAUCCUCACGCUUGCGCACCACCUGAAGCAGGAGCGUCUGUACGUGGCCUCCGAGAAGCAGCUGAUCCAGCGGCUCAACCACGACGUGCUCAAGACCGCCGAGAAGCUCUACCGCGCCGCCUGGAUCGCCAAGCAGCAGAGGAUCAACCUCGACCGCCUCAUCCUCACCAGUGCUGAAGCGUCCCCUGCCGAGUGCUGCCAGCAUGCGCGCGUCCUGGAGGACACGCAGUUCGUGGACGGCUACAAGACCCUGGGCUUCCAGGAGAGCAUCUACGGCGAGUUCCUGUGGCGCCUGCGGGAGAACCCGCGCCUGGUGGCGUCCUGCCUCGUGGCCGGGGAGCGGCUCAACCAGGAGCACACGCAGAGCGUCAUACACUCCGUCUUCACCUCGCUCUAUGGCAACGGCAUCAUGCAGGAGGACGAGAGCUACCUGCUGCAGGUCCUGCGCUACCUGAUCGAGUUCGAGCUGAAGGAGAGCGACAACCCCCGGCGUCUGCUGCGGCGCGGCACCUGCGCCUUCAGCAUCCUCUUCCGCCUCUUCUCCGAGGGCCUGUACUCCGCCAAGCUCUUCCUCACGGCCACGCUGCACGAGCCCAUCAUGCAGCUGCUGGUGGAGGACGAGGACCACCUGGAGACGGACCCGGCCAAGCUCACCGAGCGCCACACGCCCGCGCAGCAGGAGCGCCUGUUCGGAGAGAAGGGCUCGGACGCCCACCGCCGCAGGGUGCAGUCCGCCGUGGAGGCCAACGAGGCCAAGCUGGUGACGCUGGUCAACAGCUUCAUUGGGUGCCUGCGCCAGAACACCUACUGCUUCCCCCAGAGCCUGCGCUGGGUCCUGUCCCAGAUGUUCCGCACGCUGUCGCGGGUGGAGGGGCUGCAGGUGGGCGAGGUGCGCUCCAUGUGCACGGACCUGCUGCUGGCCUGCUUCAUCUGCCCCGCCGUGGUCAGCCCCGAGCAGUAUGGCAUCAUCAGCGACGCGCCCAUCAACGAGGUCGCACGCUUCAACCUCAUGCAGGUAGGGCAGCUCCUCCAGCAGCUGGCCAUGGUGGAUGCAGAUGAUGGAGACCCCCGCAGGAAAAGCACUCUGUCCAAGUUUGACAAAAGCUGUGUGUCUGCCUUCCUGGACGUGGUGAUUGGAGGGAGAGCCGUGGAGACUCCGCCCAUGUCCACUAUGAACCUGCUGGAAGGCCUAAGCCGGACUGUGGUCUACAUUACUCACAACCAGCUGCUGAAUCUGGUGGACUUUGUGCGGAAUGUGACGGCCAGCGAUCAGCUCCGUGAGGAAGACCACCUGGCCCUGGAGACACUGGUGUCCAACGUCCCGCAGUCCCGUACGGUGAAGAGCAACAGCCUGGAGCUCACGCCCUCCAACACGCCCCAGCUCUCGCCCGCCACCACGCCCGCCAACAAGAAGAACCGCCUGCCCAUAGGACAGCAGUUGGCCGCCAUCACGUGUUGGGAAGCCUCCAGCACCGCCCUCUCUGCUCACAUGCCCCUUGUCACCCCGUUUGCAGGCUCCCGCAGCCGCAGCCGUACCAACAUCGCCCAGGAGGGGGAGCCAGAGGCCAGCUCCCAGGAGUCCCUGCAGGAAGUCAAUCCAGAGGAAGUGCUCGUCAUCUCGCUAGGCACCACCCCGCAGACCAUCCCUGGCAUGAUGUCAGAGAAUGAGGUCCUGUCCCUGCAGAUGUCUGACAGUGCAGCAGGGGAUGCUCCAGCAGACGAAGUGAAGCUCCACGGCAAACCUGAUAAAACCCUCCGCUUCUCUCUCUGCAGCGACAACCUGGAGGGCAUAUCAGAGGGGCCAUCUAAUCGCUCUAACUCGGUGUCUUCCCUGGACCUGGAGGGAGAGUCUGUCUCUGAGCUGGGGGCGGGGCCAUCUGGUAGCAAUGGCGUCGAGGCACUGCAGCUACUGGAACAUGAGCACGCCACCACUCAGGAUAACCUGGACGAUAAGCUGCGUAAGUUUGAGAUCCGCGACAUGAUGGGCUUGACGGACGACAGGGACAUCUCCGAGACGGUCAGUGAGACGUGGAGCACCGACGUGCUGGGCAGCGACUUCGACCCCAACAUGGACGAGGACCGGCUGCAGGACAUCGCAGGCGCGGCGGUGGAGAACAUGCUGGGCAGUCUGCUGUGUCUCCCAGGUUCUGGAUCGGUUCUCCUCGACCCGUACGGUUCCACCAUCUCUGAGACCACCAGUGAGGCAUGGAGUGUGGAGGUGCUACCCAGCGACUCAGAAGCUGCAGACCUGAAGCAGGAGGAGCGUAUGCAGGAGCUGGAGAGCUGCUCCGGGGUGGGAAGCACCUCUGAUGACACCGAGGUCAGGGAGGUCAGCUCACGGCCCAGCACUCCGGGGCUCAGCGUGGUAUCAGCCACGUCAGAAGAUAUCCCCAACAAGAUAGAGGACCUGCGCUCAGAGUGCAGCUCAGACUUCGGUGGAAAGGAUUCCGUGACCAGUCCUGAUGGAGAGGAGUCCGCACAUGGAGCCCACUCUUUGGCGUGUGGUUCCUCCCAGAAUGAAUCCUUGCUGGCCAUGUUUGAUCCGCUCUCUUCUGGUGAAGGCUCCACGGGCACCAUCGUCCGGCCCAAGGUCCACUACAUGCGUCCCGCCCACCCCCCUCCAGACCCCCCCAUCCCCGAGGCCAGUGCCAUGGGCCCCCCGGAGCCGCGCGGAGGCCCCCUGUUUGCACCCCACGGGCUGAUCCAGGAGCUGGAGCACGGCAAGCAGCGGCACUCGUACCCGGAGCGCCUGGUGCGCAGCCGCAGCUCCGACAUCGUAUGCGGCGGCCGCCGGCCCACCAGCGAGCCCUGCCUCAACCGCCGCACCAUCGCCGAGGACCGCGAGCCCGAGCCCCCCGCCAACGCCUUCGCCAGCGGAGCAGCGUCGUCUCCCAGCAGAGACUCACUCAAGGGGGAGGUUGAAGACCGGAAGGACAGUGACGAUGAGAAGUCGGACCGGAACCGUCCCUGGUGGAAGAAGCGCUUCGUCCCUGCCAUUCCGAAAGCUCCAAUCGCAGCUUUCAGGAAGAGGGACAAACCAGAGAAAGAUGAGCUGGGACCUGAACGACAUCCUCAUGAUGAUUCUUCACCCAGGCUGAGUUCACAGGCGCAGGCUGCAGAGGACAUCUUGGAUAAGUACCGCAACAUCAAGAGGACCAGUCCCAGUGAUGGAGCCACAGCCACCUCAUAUGACCAGCAUGGCCCAGAGCCCACAGGAGAGGGAGAGAGUGGCCAUGACUCCCCCAGAGACGAGGCUCUACAGAACAUGUCCACAGACGACCUCCCAGACUCAGCAAGCCAGACUGCACAACCUCAGGACAAGUUCUCCUUCAGCGAUGCCAAGAAGAAACUGCGCCUGGCCCUCUGUGUGGCCGACUCCGUGGUCUUCCCCCUCAUGCUCCCCGUCAGCACUCGCAAUGGCCUGCCUGAUCACACAGACCCAGAAGAGAAUGAGAUCGUGUGCUUCCUGAAGGUGCAGCUGGCGGAGGCCAUUAACCUGCAGGAUAAGGCUCAGAUGGCUCAGCUCCAGGAGACCAUGCGCUGCGUCAGCCGCCUCGACGCCCGAACCUGCCGCAAGCUGCUCGCCGCCAUCGCCGACGACUACAGGAAGCGAGCUCCGUACAUCGCCUACCUGACGCGGUGUCGCCAGGGCCUGCAGACGUCUCAGGCUCACCUGGAGCGGCUGCUGCAGCGCGUGCUGCGGGACAAGGAGGUGGCCAACCGCUACUUCACCACCGUCUGCGUACGCCUGCUGCUCGAGCACAUGGAGGCCAAGAUGCUCGACUUCAUCAGCGCAUUCGUGGCCUGCACGGCGUCGGACGAUAAGACGGCGGCGGUGGAGGACUUCCUGCGGUACCUGUACGGCGCCAUGGCCCACGAUGCCAUCUGGCAGUACGCCAGCGAGGACCAGCUCCAGGACGCCCAGAUGGCCAUCGAGCGCAGCGUCAUGAACCGCAUCUUCAAACUGGCCUUCUACCCCAACCAGGACGGGGACAUACUCAGAGACCAGCUUCUUCAGGAACACAUCCAGCGCCUGACCAAAGUCGUCACAGCCAAUCACAAGGCCCUGCAGGUCCCAGAGGUGUACCUGAGGGAGGCGCCGUGGCCCUCUGCGCAGGCGGAGAUCCGCACCAUAAACGCGUACAAGACGCCGCGGGACAAGGUGCAGUGCAUCCUGCGCAUGUGCUCCACCAUCAUGAACCUGCUCAGCCUCGCCAGCGACGACUCCGUGCCCGGCGCCGACGACUUCGUGCCCGUGCUCGUCUUCGUUCUCAUCAGGGCGAACCCUCCCUGCCUGCUGUCCACCAUCCAGUACAUCAAUAAUUUCUACUCCAGUCGGCUGAGUGGGGAGGAGUGCUACUGGUGGAUGCAGUUCACAGCUGCCGUGGAAUUCAUCAAGACCAUCGACGACCGCAAGUGAGCCAGAGCAGGAGCAGAGAGGAGCAGAGGAGGAGGCCACCUGCACGGGGGCCACACCGCAGAGAGGAGACCGCCCAGCCCAGCCCGGCCAACUGCUCUCUCUGUCACAUGCGUGCUCUCUCUCUCUCUCUCUCUCGUGCCCUCUCUCACGCUCUUUCUGUUGCACUUUCUCUUUCCCUCUUGUUCUUUCUCUCUCUCUCUCUCUUUCCCUCCCUCUCUCUUUCUCUUUCCUCUCAUCUCAUCUCUCUCUGUUCUUACUGUAUAGCUGUACAUAGUUAAAGAUAUUUACACUUUGAAAAGGAAAAAAAAGAACAGGUGUACUUAUCUGGGGUGAGAGGACAGGUUUUACUAUAAAGAACAACAGAUGAACAAAGCAAAACAAAGAAGAAGCAAAAAAAAGCCAGUGGGAAAUGGCUCAUGAACUCUGAACUUUAGCUAAUUUGCAUAUUCCUUCUAAAAACGCUCUGUAGUCACGGUGAGGUGAAGGCACUUCAUCAGAUGAAAUUUUAUAUCUAGAGGAGUUAUUAAUUAAUGAAAGAAAAAAAAAGGUUAAAUUUUUUUUUUGUGAAAGAUUCAAACAAAAAGGGACCAGGCUUGCGUGGGGAGACCUCUAGAUGGAGACGUGGACGGGUGGUGUGGAAUCUUCCUCCGUAAGAACCCAGCCAUGUCAAUCCCAGAACCCCAACCCAUCAGAACCCCAACCCUUCAGAACCAGGCCAGCA